AUGGCAGAUCAUCAGGCCUCCUCCUCUUCUGGUUCGAGUUAUGAAGUGUUUUUGAGCUUUCACGGCGAAGACGUUCGCACCAAUUUCGCUGACCAUCUCUACCAUGCUUUGGAUGGGGCUGGGAUUCGAACUUUUAGGGACGAGGAUGAACUACCCAAGGGAGACACCAUUGGCCCAAAGCUACUCGCUGCAAUCCGGCAGUCCAUAAUCUCUAUUCCCAUCUUCUCGAUGAAUUAUGCAUCGAGCAAAUGGUGUCUCAAUGAGCUAACCCAGAUUUCUGAAUGCAGAAGAAGCCCAAUGAAUCAAAUUGUCUUUCCCAUUUUCUACAAAGUCGAACCAAGGGAUGUACGAACCGGGAAAGAAAUAGAUGCGAAAGCCUCUGAUGAGGAAUACCAGAUGCGCUUCGACAAAUACCAGACUGGCUUCAACGAAAUCUAUGCGAAAGCCUUUGAAGAACACCAGAUGCGCUUGAAUACCGAAGAAGAAACUCUGCAAAAGUGGAAAAAGGCUGUGAGAGAGGUUGGAGAAUUGAAUGGAUGGCAUCUGAAGGAGGAACAGAUUAGUUUGGGUUUUGGAGUACCUGAGAAACAACUAAUUGCGUUAAGUGCCAACAAGAUGUAUGAAGGGAAGUUAGUAAAACAAGUUGCCAAAACAGUUCGGAGUACAUUGAACAAGAGACUCACAUAUGUUUCUGAUAGGCUAGUUGGAAUUGAAUCUCAUAUAAAAGAAAUGUUGAUGCGAUUAGAUAUUGAAUCUAACGACAUAAAGAUUGUGGGAAUCCAUGGCCUCGGUGGCAUUGGAAAGACAACAAUUGCUAGGGCUGUCUGCAAUACAAUCCUUAGUAAGUUUGAAGAGUAUACAUUUAUUGAAAACAUUCGAGAGAAGGCUGAAAAGUAUGGGAUUUGCUAUCUGCAAAACCAACUUAUCACAGGUAUCUUUAAAAAGGGAAAUCUAAAUAUUGCUGAUGUGGAUACUGGAAUUAAAGUGAUCAAGGAAAGAUUUUGCACAAAAAAAGUUCUUUUUGUUCUUGAUGAUGUGGAUAAAGAUCAAGCAAAGUUUUUGGCUGGGGACCGCGAAUGGUUUGGCGUUGGAAGUAAGAUCAUUAUCACAAGCAGAAAUAAGAAUGUUUUAAUUGCUCAAAACACAGAUGCGAUUUAUGAGCCGGAGGAAAUGGCUUUUGAUGAUUCUCUUAAAGUUUUUAGUCAUUAUGCAUUUGGAAGGGACCAACCUCUAGAAGAUUAUGUGGGCCUCUCAGAAGCCAUGGUAAAAACUACUGGAGGACUUCCCUUGGCUCUUCAAGUUACAGGUUCAUCUUUAUUUAAGAAGGAAAAAUCAGUAUGGAAUGGCAUGUUAAAGAAGUUGCAAAAAGAUCCCAAUAGAGAUGUUAUGAAAAGCUUGAAAAUAAGUUAUGAUGGAUUAGAAUAUACGGAGCAACAAAUGUUUCUUGAUACUGCUUGUUUUUUCAUCGGAAUGAAUAAAGACUUUGCAUGUCAUAUAUGGGAAGGGUGUGAUUUUUCUCCAGAUGUAGGGCUUGAUGUUCUUUGUGCAAAGUCUUUGAUAAUGAUUAGUGAAGAUGGUAAGCUAAGGAUGCAUGAUGUGCUGCGGGAUCUUGGAAAGGAUAUUGUUUGUCGAGAGAGCAUAAAAAAUCCAGGGGAGCGUAGUCGAAUAUGGUCUCAUAAGGAAGUCAUGGAUGUACUGGUAAAACAGACGGGAACAUGUAAUUGUGAAGGACUCAUUAUUGACUUCUGUAGCGCAUCAAGUAGCAAAUGUCUGAUGAGUGAAGGAUUUGCUUCAAUGGCUGAACUAAGAUUACUCCAAGUUGAUUAUGCAAAAUUUUCUGGGAACAUCACCAAUUCUUUUUCAGAACUCAGAUGGCUUAGUUGGAGAGGAUGCCCUAAACAAUAUGCACUAACCAAUUUUUAUCCACAAAAACUGGUUGUUCUUGAUCUAUCAUACAGUAAGAUUACAGAAAAUUGGACGGGUUGGAAAUGCAUCAAGGUGGCAGUAAAUCUAAAAGUUCUAAGUCUCUCGUCUUGUUAUCAACUAUCUAGUACUCCUGAUGUUUCAGCAAAUCAACAGUUGGAGGUAUUGAUUCUUACAGAGUCUAAAAUUUUGGUUUGGAUCGACACAUCUAUUGGUCAUCUCAGGAACUUAGUCACAUUAGAUAUGGGUGGCUGCAAGAGUCUACUGGAUCUCCCAAUUGAAAUUUGUCAAUUGAUUUAUCUCAAAUCACUUGAUUUACGGCGGUGCAGAAGUCUAAAUGAGCUGCCGGAGAAAUUGGACCGCAUGACCUCCUUGACAACACUUCGCAUAAGUGGUUGUGAAAAACUUGAAUCGCUUCCAAAUCUUCCUUCUAGUUUAGAAUAUUUUGAUGCUUCUGGUUGUGUGUUGAUAAGAUCACUCCCAAUGCUUUCAAACCUAAAAAAUCUACAAAACCUGUCCCUUCGAGGAUGGAAGAAGCUUCUACACAUCUCAGGUCUUCCCUCAAGUUUGACUAGCCUUGAUAUUAGUGGCUGCUCUUCAAUUAGAGACAUAUCAGGUCUUUCCUCCACAAGUUUGACCAGCCUUGAUGCCAGUGAAUGCUCCUCAAUUCAAGAAAUCUCAGGUGGUUUUCCAUCAAGUUUGACCAGCCUUAAUCUUAGGAGUUGCACUUCAAUUACAUACAUCUCAGAUCUUUCCUCCACAAGUUUGACCAGCCUUGAUGCCAGUGAAUGCUCCUCAAUUCAAGACAUCCCUGAUCUUCCAUCAAGUUUGAUCAGCCUUGAUCUUAAGUUUUGCACUUCAAUUCAACGCAUCUCCUGUCUUCCCUCAAGUUUGACCAGCCUUGAUGCUAGACAUUGCAAGUCAAUGGUAAAACUAUCAUGUAGUACUAAUACAUCAUCAUCAGGAGGAGGCUUGAGAAAUUUAAAGACAUUAGAUCUUUAUGAUUGCAGCAGCCUGGAAGAAAUUGAAGGUGUUGACCAUAAAUUGGGCUCCUUGGAGAUCUUCAAAAUUGAAUCGUGCAAAUCAUUAAAAAAAAUAAAGCUGACAGGCUUGAAAAAUCUGGUGACUUUUUGUUUCAGUAAGAACGACCAUAUGUCCGAUUUUGAAGGGGAAGGGAUGGACUCUCUGGAGAUACUGGACAUUGAGAAUUGCGAAUCAAUAGGAAAAAUACCAUAUCUCCCAGAUUCGAAAAGGCUAUCGAUACUGAGAAUCGAUAAUUGUCCGAAAUUAACGGAGAUUGAGCGGCUUGAGGACUAUGAAUACUUGAGACAUUUAUCAAUUAAUGGGGCCACAUCAUUAAAGACAAUGCUGAAUAUCUCAGCCCUGAAGAACCUGGAGCAUUUUACAUUCAAGAAGUGCCACUCGAUUGAAAGAUUACCUCAUCUGUCAAACUUAAACAAGUUGAUUCAUCUAUAUAUUUAUCCUGGCGGUGGUGACAGAUGGGCAAGAUUACCGGAUCUUUCAAACUUAAAAAACCUCAAGUGUCUUGGUAUUGGAGACUGCAAGAAUGUAGCCGAGAUUCAUGGUAUUGACCGAUUGGAAAACUUGGCGAGUUUGGAAAUUUGCGGCUGCGAGUCCUUGGCAAGAUUACCGGAUCUUUCAACCUUACAAAACUUGAAGGUGCUAUGGAUUAGUGGUUGCAACAAUCUAGCCGAAAUACUUGGUAUUGACAGAAUGGAAAUCUUACAGAAUUUGGAAAUUAGUGGCUGUGAGUCCUUGGAAAGAUUACCAGGUCUUGCAAACUUAAAAAGCUUGGAGAAUCUAAGGAUUAAAGACUCAAAGAAUCUAGCCGAGAUUCAUGGUAUUGAAGGAUUGGAAAUAUUACAAAACUUGGUAAUUAGCGGCUGCGAGUCCUUGGAAAGAUUACCGGAUCUUUCAAACUUAAAAAAAUUGAGGAAUCUAGAGAUUGAAGGCUGCAAGAAUCUAGCCGAGAUUCAUGGUUUUGGCAGAUUGGAAAUCUUACAGAAUUUGGAAAUUAGUGGCUGCAAGUCUUUGGCAAGAUUACCGGAUCUUUCAAACUUAAAAAACUUAAAGGGUCUAUGUAUUAGUGGCUGCAAAAAUCUAACCGAGAUUCAUGGUGUUAAAGGAUUGAAAAUAUUAGCGAAAUUGGUAAUUAGCAACUGUGAGUCCUUGGAAAGAUUACCGGAUCUUUCAAACUUGAGUCGUCUAGAGAUUAGAGGUUGCAAGAAUCUGACCGAGAUUCAUGGGGUUUGCAGAUUGGAAUUCUUGAACUAUUUGGAAAUUAGAAACUGCGAGUCCAUGGAAAUAUUACCGGAUCUUUCAAACUUACAAAACUUGAGGCGUCUAGAGAUUAGCGACUGCAAGAAUCUACCCGAGAUUCAUGGCGUUUUGUUUUUUGUUUCCAUUUGA